UUUAGAUAAAAUUAUUUGUGUUGCGUUACGGUAUAUUGUUCAUAUUGGUUAUUCUUUUUGAUUGUUUAUUAUAUUUAAUAUAAAAUAAUAUUAUUGAUAUUGCGUCCAGAGACUAGAAGGAAAUUAAAACCUAAAAAAUUAUUAGAAGAUGUCGUUGGCCGAUGAGUUGCUAGCUGCAUUGGAAGAUGGCAAUCAAGAUGACGACUUGAUGAUGAUGGAUGUUGGCUUGGAGGAAAAGAUGGAUGUUAACGACAUUCAAGAUGUUUCAAUGCCUCAAGCCAAAGCUGACCUCUCAGUUAACAGCAUUGCUAAGCUGAGAGACAGUAAAGAAUUAAACAGAAUCUUGAAGGAGGUGGAACAUUAUUCAAAAUUGUCAAAAUCUGCUGAAAAGUGUGGUCCAGUUGAAGCAGAUCCAGAGUAUAAGUUGAUAGUCGAGGCCAACAACAUCACUGUCGAAAUCGAUACGGAAAUUAAUCUUGUUCAUAAAUAUGUGAGAGAUUUGUACAACAAAAGAUUUCCAGAGCUUGAAUCACUCGUUCAGACUCCCAUAGAAUAUGUACGAACAAUUAAGGAACUUAGGAAUAAUAUAGAUCAAUCAAAGAACAACGAGAUCCUUCAAGAGUUCCUCUCUCCCGCCACCAUCAUGGUCGUCAGUGUUACAGCAUCAACCACACAGGGACUAGAACUUUCCAAGGAAGAUUUGAACCGGGUCAUGGAUGCUUGUGAUAUGGCCAUCGACUUGGUUCGAAUCAAGCAGUUGAUUCACGAGUAUGUUGAGUCUCGAAUGACAUUCAUUGCACCGAACCUCUCUGUCAUCAUUGGAGCUUCAACUGCUGCCAAACUCAUGGGUGUUGCUGGAGGCUUAACACAUUUGAGUAAGAUGCCAGCAUGUAAUGUUUUGCUACUUGGUGCCCAAAAGAGAACUUUGUCCGGUUUCUCGACAAAGGCCAUCAUGCCUCACACUGGAUACAUCUACUUUUCAGACUUUGUACAAAGUGCUCCGCCGGAACUGCGAAGGAAGGCAGCCAGAUUGGUGGCAGGCAAGUGUAGCCUGGCCUCUCGUGUCGAUAGUUUCCAUGAAAACAUGGACGGAUCAGCUGGGGAGACGAUGAAGUCAGACGUCAUUCAAAAGUUGGACAAGUUGCAGGAACCUCCCCCUGUUAAGCAGAUCAAACCACUGCCAGCUCCAAUUGAUUACCCCAGGAAGAAGAGAGGUGGACGAAGGUAUCGUAAGAUGAAGGAGAGAUUAGGUCUGACAGAAAUGCGGAAAGCAGCUAACAGGAUGACUUUUGGAGAGAUUGAAGAGGAUGCCUACCAAGAGGACCUUGGACUGACUCUUGGCACGUUAGGCAAGAAUAAGACAGGACACAUCAGAGGACCUGUCAUCGAUUCAAAGACCAAAGCUCGAAUCUCUAAAACUCUCCAGCAAAAGAUGCAGAAGCAGCAAGUAUGGGGAGGCAGCACGACUGUGAAGAAGCAGAUAUCAGGAACUGCUUCUAGCGUGGCAUUCACUCCUCUGCAGGGUUUGGAGAUAGUCAAUCCACAAGCAGCUGAGACGAGACAUCCGAGUAGCAACAUGAAAUAUUUCUCUACCACUGCCUCCUUUGUUAAAAUGGAUAAAAAUUCAAAGAAAUAAACUCGUAUUUUAUACAAUAUGGUCUGAUUACACGUGUUAUUUUUAUUAAUGUCAAGCUGGAAUACUACUCCUAUUAGUUUUGUAUUUGUCAUUUUGAUGAAUUUGUAACUAGAGACGAAACUGACAGUCAGCUAAUGAUAAACGUUUAUGUUUAAUUGAUUUUUAUUUAUACUUUCUGCUAUAGAGUUUCUGUCUUUCAAUUUAUCAUACGUACAUUCAUUCUCAAUUCGAACAGUAUCAUGAAUUGCGUAUUAUGUAUUAUGAAGGUGUACAAUGAAAUAAUAUACUGUACAGAAAACUUGGAUCAACCAAUCAAUCAACCAACCCACUCAACCAAUGCAUACAGGAGUGGGAGGCCAAUCCGGGCAGGGACUCGAAAUAUUUAUCAUUUUUAUACUUUAUUAAAACGGUUUCAUGCAUAACGCACAGUACAAAAAUAUGCUUUGAAAUAAUAAAUUUUACAGACAACAUGAAGUUCGAUUUUUUUUCAUAACGAAAUCCCUCAUAGAAUAGAUUUUUAACAUUUGUGUAUGUGCUUGUGUGUGUGUGUGCGCGCGUGUGUGUGUGUGCGUGUGUUUUCUCAAACACAUUUGAAUAUAAUGCUCUGCCGUUGUGAGUUUUUGAUUAUGCAUGCUAAAUUUAAUAAAUUUGAAUUAACUAAUAAAACAGUGAGAAUGAAAUGUUGUAAAGUUCAUAUGGAAAUACUUCCGUCAUUGGAUGGCGCAAAAUACAUUUGUGGUUUGGCCAUAACAGGCGGUGGAAGUGGUUGUUGAAUGUGUUGUUGUGCUGGCAACAUGUUGUGUUGUUGUAUGUGUGGUGGAAUUUGUUGAAUAUGUUGUUGCUGGUUCAUCAUCUGAUAACUCAUCUGCACUGGCAGCGGUUUAUUCCUGCCGGGUGCGUCGUAGUUGGAAGUGCUGUACUUCUGACUGGCGUCCUUCAAAUUUUCUUUUUUAAAUUCAGUUUGCUGUAUGAGAUCGUCGACGUAUGCGUACUCGUUUUCCUCGCUGAUGUACAUCUGCUGCUGC